AUGGAAGAAGAUCAAGAUCACAUUAGAAUACCAGUUAUUGAUAAAAGAGAACAAAUAAUAAAAGAAUCGGCAUUAUUUGCAAAAUAUGCAGCAAUUAGUCAGGACGAAUCAUUUAUAGUUAUCUUUGACAACCAUUCUAAAUCAUUAACAUUUGUUGAAAAUCAAAAAGUGUUGAUGGAAUCGGAUGAUUUUUCAAGUUGGUCUAUCGCUGUGUCAAAUGAACAUCAAGAAAGAUUUAGAUUGAUCGCUAUAUCUUGCAUAAGUCAAGGUGAUAUGCAAGAUCUGCCAGGUUCGGAAAAAUAUAGUAGUUGUGGUUUUACCCAAAUAUGGAUGAUCAGAAACGACUUUGAUAUCAAGGAGUGCAAUAUAAAAAUAGAAAAUGGUGGAAUAAUCCAAUUCCUUUCUGAAGACGAUGAAUUCACGCUUAUUAUGUUAAAAGGAAAUGGAAUAUAUAAAUACCGUUUAUCAUAUUUAUCAGUUUAUACGCGAUUUCAGCAUGAAAUUUUAGUAUUAAAUUAUCCGGAAAGAAUAAUUAACGCUUUAAAGUAUAAUUGUAGUGACUCCAUUAUGAAUCACAAGACAGUACCACCAAGUGAUGUAAUACAUGAAUAUCUUUUGAGAUGCCUAAGUAGCCAUUACUUAUUAGUAGAUACGUCAGAUAAUGAUUCAAACAAAAAUAUAGAACUGUACAAUUUAAAAACCAAUCAAUUAAUGAACAUAUUUAAGAGAUAUAAAUUUGUUUUAUCAAUUUUGGAUCGUGAAAAUCCUGGCUCUUUUACAAUAUCUAGUGAUGAAAAGCUAUUAGCGUAUGUAUCUGGAAAUGGCAUUAAAAUCUAUUUGAUAGAAAAUGGUCUAGAAUUAUCAUCCUUAUCAUGUAAAAAGAGUGGUUUAUAUGAUGUGGAGUUUAUGAAAUUUGUCUUUAAUAAUGAAAAAUUAUUGAUAUUCAAAGGCGACAGAACGGCAGCAGUUUGGGAUAUUUUUAAUUCUGUCAGAGAAUUUAUUGAAUUCAUACCUUUGGAAAAAGCUACAUCUUCAGGCUUGGUUAAGCAUAUGACAAGGAUAGUUAUUGGUCCUAUGUUAGAAAAUGAAUCUUUUAAGGUUCUUAAUAUAAGACCAUCUUUUGAUGAUGAUCAAAUAGUUUGGGAUAGGUUGGUUCUGAAUGAACAUUUGAAAAGAUCAGGUUUUGAUUCAGAUUGGAAAGAAUUAAAUCCUUCUGAGUGCAUCAUAACUGACUCAUUGCCUUAUGCUCCUUAUGCUUAUGGCAUCAAUGAAAAUGAUAAGCAAUUAUUAACUGAUUUAAAUGAUUCGGAUCUCAAAUAUUAUCUAGGGAUAGAACCAUGGGCUAUUCAUCCGGCGGAAAGAAUACUUGAUACUUAUGUUAAACCGCGGCUUCAAUUUCCAAGAUAUGUUAUUUACCUUGAUGUAGAAAAACAAGCGAGACUUCUUAUAGGAAACAAUAGUGUACAAGUUUGGCGUGGUAAAAAACUUGAAUUCAUUCGUAUUGUCAAUUAUGAGCCGGAUGCACCAGAAGAACCUUAUGAAAAAUUCAAAGUUAACAAAAUUAGAUAUGGUAUACAAAAAUUUGACCUCUCAAUUAAUUUAGAAGGGAAAACCAUCCAGAUAAAAAUAGAACAUGAAAAUGAUAUUAUCCAAAUAGUAAAGAAUGCAAUCAAGGCUCUUAAAUAUUUAGAUAGUCAAAAUAAAUCUGUUAAUAUUACUAUUAGCGACAAGCUUACAAAAUUCAAAGAAAUAGUACAACAAACACGAAACAUUAUUAUAAGAUUUAUUACUCUAUACCCGAAUCUUUGGAGACUAAUAGAUUUUCGUUGUAAGCUAAUGACAGAAUUUAUUAAUAUAAGAGAUUUUUCACUUAUUACCCACAUUUUGUUUAAUAAAGAAAAUGCAUCGGCUAACGACUCCGAAAAAUCCAAAUUAAAAAAUACUAUUUCGAAAUACUCUUCAAAAACUCUUAACAAAAAUGAAAAAGAACGUCCUCUCCACUCGUGGCAAGUUCCAUUAAAAGAGAUUUUACUUGACAUAGGAUCGAAUAUUGACGCAACAAUGCUUAUACUUUUCCUAGAAUAUUAUUCUAAUAAUGCGAUGGAUAAUAUUGGAUGGAUGAACGUGGUGUCUGAAAUCAUACCAGAGUUAUACGAAAGGAAAUAUGGGCUAGAUAUGUCUAGUUUUAAGUUUUAUGAAAUUAAGAAACAUUCUGAAGAUUUUUUAAAAGUUUUUAUUCCUAUAACUCAACUCAUUCCUCGUGAUGCCAAUUUAAAUCUUAUAAAUAUCAGCGAUAAUGAAAUUCCUUAUAUUAGAAUGGUACCUCUGACUGAUUUUACAACGAAUAAAGAAAAUCAAUCGACUCCAAGUAAUUUUAAAAAGAUUAUUACAAAGCUUUUUCUGCCUAGAAAAUUUUCAUCCACUAAAAAUGAAGACUAUAGUCCUUUUAUUCGAAUAAUAAAGCUAGCAAAAAAGGAUGAUCCAUUUUAUGAGAACCCUUCAAUGGAGGCAACCACAAACAUGAUGUGGCAUUUUUCUAAAGAUUAUUGGCAUAGAAUUUUGUAUAAUUUUGUUAUCUAUUUUUUAGCAUAUUCUAUUUUUUCAUGGGCAUAUAUUGUUCGUUUAGAGAUCUAUGGGGUUGCCAAAUGCCUUUAUAUGAUAAAUCAUGUAAUGAUUUCGAUUAAGUCAUUUUUAAUUGUUUUUGCCUUAAGCAUUAUUGGAAUGGGACAUGCACUGGCCACUUUUUAUUGGGACUCGACACAAUUUAAUUUUUGGAAUUUUUGGCCUCUGAUUAUUAUUUUUGGAUUUCUUAUUGUAAUCAUACUGGAAGUUAUAAUUAUGGGAUCAUUUAUUGGUGUUGAACUUUCUAAUGCAGAAAAGAAUAGUAAACAUAGUGUUCUCCAAAUUCAGAACGCUUUUAUUUAUAAUUAUGCAUGCUUAGAAGAUUCAUCAUUAACAUGGAACGAAAAAUCAGUAGAGCUUGAUUCAGAGAGAUUAAUAAGACUAGAAAAAAAAUACGAAUUAGACUUAAAUGAAGAAUAUGAUAUUGAUAUUAAUGAUGAUAUUCAAUUUUUUUGUGCUUGA